AUGGACGUUCCGUACACCCAACCGACGCCCCAGUCUGGCGUGCAGGACAUCCGGCGGGAAAUAAAGCGCCUGGACACAAAGACCGCCCGACGCAUCAGCUCCAGUCAGGUGAUCACCACGCUGGCAGACGCCGUGAAGGAGCUGCUGGAGAAUGCCGUUGACGCAAAGGCCAACUCGAUUAUCAUUCGCUUUGAGAACUUCUACGACAAGGUGGACAUCAUCGACAAUGGACACGGCAUCGAGAGGGAGAACUUUGAUCUACUCUGCAAGCGCAGCUGCACCUCUAAACUCGAAACGACCGAAGACCUGGAGCAGGUGGAAACAUUUGGCUUUCGCGGCGAGGCGCUCAACUCACUGUGCAAUAUUUCCAAAGUAGCAGUGCACACUCGCCAUGCUGCUGAUCCAAUUGGCACGCUCCUCGAGUUUGACACUGAAGGACAGAUCAUCAGUAGGAAGUCGGUGGCUCGAGAGGUGGGCACGACCAUAUCCUUCUCCAACCUCUUUUACACGCUUCACGUUCGCCGAAAGGAGCUGCAGAAGAACGGCAAGCGCGCCUUCGACCAGACACUGUCGCUCAUCUACCAGUACUGCGUGGGCGCCAUUGGCCUGAAGAUUUCGGUGAUGAGAAAGAGCAGUCAGGAGGCGCACUACACGCCCCACUUUACCUGCAAUGGCCUGUCUCUGCAGUCGAACAUUCACGAGGUGUUCGACUACAAGCAGUUCUCCUACUUGAUGCCCUUUGUCUGUCAUACCGACUUGGACGGCUCAAUUACCAAUCACGUUGAGAUGGAAAUUACCGGUUUCAUCUCCAAGCCUGACACUGGCUGUGGUCGCUCUUCCCCCGAUCGACAGUACUUUUACUUGAACGAGCGACCCUGUGAUCUGGCCAGCGUCCGAAAGCGAAUCAAUGAGAUCUACCGAAACUUCAAUCGAACGCAGUCUCCCUUUGUGCUGCUCAAAUUGACCGUUGACGAGAAGAUGAUUGAUCGAAACAUAACACCCGAUAAGCGGAAAGUGCUCUUUGACGACAGCGACUACAUCCUCAAAGUAAUUGUGCAUUCGCUGCAGACUAUGUUUGAGCGGGAAACGGUUGAGGUCACCAGUCUCAGCUCUAGUCGCCUGAUGACGAGCUUCUUGAGCCACUCCAGUCAGCAGCUGAAGCGCGAACUGUCUGAAGAUGAAGAAGGAAAAGACGAUGGAGGAGGAGGAAGAGGAGGAGAAGCAGAUGUCAGUUUUACUCAAUUUGCUGACCGAGCUUCAAAAAUUUUCAAGCGCUGUCCGUCGCCGUGUGAUAGAUUAUUCGCCAAACCGGCCUCCAUCAGCUUUAAUAAGAGGCAACCAGUAGCCUCAUCGACGCCUGUAAGGCAUCCCUUUUUAGCUGACAUCAGCAACUUUAAGCCACGAAGAAGCACUACUCCUGUCCAAGACGACGUUGCGGCAAUUGACCAAGAUGAACCGUUUCCUGAUGAAGAGAAUCAGGAGACUGACGACGAUGCCAUUUCCAAUGCUUAUGUUAAUGAUAGUGAACUGGUGGCGAAUCGCAAGUCGCUGCCAGUGGACGUGUGCAUUGCUGACCUGGCUGAGGAGUACCCCCGGUGCAUGAAGGAAUUCCAGCGCAGUCAGUUCGGCGAUGAUGACAACUCUGAGGUGAUGGUCGUGUCGAGUGAGAAUGCCGCCAAUCCCGAGGUGGCCAUGGCCGAGCUGCGACACACGCUGACGAAACAGUCCUUUGGGCAGAUGCGCGUCCGUGGGCAAUUUAAUUUGGGCUUCAUCAUCGCCCGACUGGACUCCAAUCUAUAUAUUAUCGAUCAACAUGCCAUUGACGAGCGCUACAACUUUGAGCAACUGCUGGCGAAUCCGAAAUUGGAAUACCAGAAGCUGGUCAGUCCGCUCGAUCUGCGACUCAGCGUGCAGCACGAGAAUGUCGUCCAAGAGAACCUGCACGUCUUCCAGACCUUUGGCUUUGGCAUUGUCUUCAAUCGCGAGGGCAAGGCGGGUCAUCGAGUCUUUCUCACCAAAAUACCCAUCGGCAAGGAGUGGACGCCCGCCCGGGAGGACAUUGAGCAGAUCAUUGUCGCUAUUGAAGCCUCGCCGACUGGAGAGCUCAGCCUGGCCGACCGAGCUUAUGUACUGACUGGCUUGCGCGAGGAGAUCGCCACUCGAGCCUGUCGCUCCAGUGUGAUGGUCGGCGCCUCACUGCAGUAUGAUCAGAUGACGACGAUGCUCAGCAAGCUGGUGGACCUGCGUGAUCCCUGGCACUGCGCCCACAACCGACCCACCAUUAAGCACCUCGUUUCGCUGGGACGCUUCCAAAACUUCUCAUAG